GUGUUAUUGAGUCUCAUUCUGAUAGUUCUUUUAUUCAAUGUCGAUACGUUUAACGUUAUUCAGCUAUUUAUUUCCAUUAGAAUCUGUCUUCACUGAGUCUCUUCUGUCUCAAUCGGAAAUUUGAAUAAAAGAGCUAUGGAUCAAUUGGAAAUAUACCGUUUAUUUUUCACUUUCUUUGCGUUAUUUUUAACUUUAUUUUUUAGGGCCUGUAUUUACUUUUGACUAAUAUUUCCUAAAUAUAUUGGUUGUGAUAAUACACAUAUUUGUCCUGUGGCCAAUUAGUCUAAUUAGUCUAAUUUAUUCACUAAAUUAUUUACUUUCCAGAUAUCAUGGCUCUCAAUAUUACUCUCCUCCAGUCAGAGCUGAAUAGAAGCGAAGAGAUAACAAUAGGAGUCUUUUACUGGAUAGUCCUGAUAUUAUGUUGGACAGGGAACACAUUUAUCCUUUACGGCACUGUAAAAUACAAAGCAAUUAAACUGGAUCCUAUGUCAGUGUGGUUGGUACAGAACCUGGCUUUUGCUGAUUUGGGGCAUGGGAUGUUCCAUUUACUUCCAGCCGUUAUCACAGCUAGUGCCGGGUACCGUUGGGUCUUAGGACCUGGACUUUGCAAAGGACUACUAAUAAUACGCUACGUUUUCAUAGACUGCAACUCUUUCCUUAUCAACGCCAUGGUCCUUAAUAAACUGUUCAGAUGUCUCCGUCCCCUUGACGCUCCUCCGAGUCGUAAAGGAAAGAUCUUUAUAAGCUUGAUAGCCCUGCUGGGAAGCAACCUUUAUACGAUAGUCACUCUCGAAGGAGUCCUCUCGCUAGAGGUUGAGUACGUACCCUACCUAUUAGGUUGUGGUAUCAUAGAAGACCCUAAUGCUCCUUACCGACUGAAUGACGUCAUACUCACCUGCAUAGUCGUGGUCGGCCCCUCUAUAACCCUGAUAGGACUGAAUUCGUGUUUGAUUGCUCUAGCGUACAGUAAAGGAACUUCAAGUAUAAAGAAAGCUAAUCUUCUCAUUGUAGGGCUAAUAACGUUUAUGUACGUGGCGUCCAACAUGCCCUACUUCUUCUGGAUGUUACAGUACUACAACUUUAUACCGCAUCUACCAGGCCUAGCUAUGGUCAAAUACACACGUUUUGUAACACUUAUGCUUCAGAUGUCGUGUUUUGUGAACCCUGCUAUUUAUUACCACACGAAUGCUCGUUUCCGCGUCUUUACCAACGGUUUCUUUUUACAUCUCUUCUCAGCAAUCAAAGGGGCUGAAAGGAACCAGGAUUGGAAAAGACUUCAAUCUACAGAGCAGAGUUCGCGUUCACAAAGUUCCCGGGGCUCUUUAAUUACGGCUAGUUUUAAGUUGCAGAAGAACUUGAGAUCAAAGUCUAUCAUCAGUGGAAGUGGUUCUCCUCGCACUGUGGCUACAUACACCCCUGCGGUGAAACCUAUGGCAAGAAUUAAUCCUAAUGGUGCAACUGCAAGCAAUUAUAGUCCUGGUCUGAUAAAUUAACUGACACUUCGAAUUAGAAGUAUUGGUGAAAAUAAUUCCGAUUAAAGCUUAGGGUAUAUACUAUAUAUAAAAAUGUCUCUGCUCUAACAUUUAGGAAAGAUUAUGAUUAAAAGCAAAAUCCCAAAUUUAAACAGGUCCUGGACAGUGGUCAUUUCUUAAGCUUAAAUCUCUAAAUGGAAGAUAAUAACAUUUAUCAUUUUCUUUACACUCAUUAUAGGAUAAGACGCUUUUACAUAUUUCAAUCUAAAGGGUUUUUUAAAUCUUUAGAAUCAUUAUAAAAUGAAAUGCUGUUGCUAUGGCGUCGCACUAAUGCAUAUUAGUUUGUUUAAUGUAA